AUGGAUUUGAUGAAAAGAUUGAGUUGUUUCCUCCUGUUAUUACCCUUUUUGGUGGUGGCUGAGGAUCCAUGCAAAUCGAGAUGCUAUCGUUUACACGAUCGAUCACUGCAAAGAGUCGAUUUGGCGAGAGUCACCCUGACGAGCUUGCUCGAUCGUCAAAAGCCGGCCGGCAAACUGCGAGACGCUUGUUGGCGCCUCUAUGAUCUUUUCGAUUGCAUGACCCAUUGUGAUGAUCAACCAAAAGAUUUCGACAAGUUCAUCACGUACACUCUGCGGCAGUGCAAAGAUGUGAUGAGUGAUCUGCAUCCCCAACUGAAUUGCAUCUCUCGUUAUCACACGUUUGUGGAGGUGCGAUGCUCGUCUUUCAUGAAAGAAGCGGUUCGAUUGCGACGUCGCGUCGGACCUCACUUCACGCCGGAUCAGGAAACUUGCAGAUACGUUCAUCUAAAUGCUUUAUGUUUGGAGAACGCAGUGCUUUCGCAUUGCCCCGACGCAGAGCACGUGUUUUCUCGUUUGAACUUUCGUGACUAUUUCCUCAAUUUCAUUGUACCCGGCGAUGACAGUUUAUUCGAUGAUGAGGAUUUAAAUACUUGUCAGGUUUAUGAUUUCGUUGAGCCAAUCUUUCCACACUCCACAUUUGCUCCAACAGCUGAACAGUCGGUUGAUGAACUCUACUCCCCCGACAGCGUCAACUAUUGCUCCCUGGAGUUAUUGAAAGAAAAAAAUCACGAAGAGAACUCGGUUGAGACGUCCACUUGGGGAUCAACUACGAAACAACGGAAAACGACAACGAAAACGGUCAUUGACCGAAAUAUAGCCGAAAUCGAUCGACAAUUGGAGGAAAUGGAUAGGGAAAUCAAUGGGGAAUCGAAAGAAGAGAACGAAUCGAGUACAACGAAAGCGCAGGAUACACAAAGCGUGACGCUCACAACGAGAAAGAUGACGAGAAGCACGACUCUUUUCCCGACGAUCAAUCCAAGAAUUCACUACACGGCACAGGACUUGAUACGUGGUCGAACCACUCCGCGAAACCGAAAUCGAGGUCGUGGCAAGGGAAAACAGGAAGAGUCAAAGGAAAGAGAAGAUGAGAAAAAAAUCGAGGCAAUUGGGGACAUGAUGAAAGCGCAAAAAGAACGACAAGAUGAGAAAGAAAAGGAAAAAGAAAAAGAUGAAGAAGAUGAGAAAAAAGAGAAGAAGGAAAAAGAGGGAAAUGAGACAAUGAGUACGACGCAGGCAACAACAGUUUCUGGGAAAGAAGUGGUGAUCACUGAGAUUUGGACGGAUGGAACGACCACCGAAAAGCCAGAGCUAAUUCCAAAGACUUCGACUUUGGCUACCAUCCAACCUACUUUGAGAACAACAGGAAGAACAGAGACAACGGGCAGCGAAGUGAUCAUUCCGAGAAACUCUGAUCAAUCAAAAAUCACCACGCAGAGAGCUUCGGGAUUUGUGAAUCUCGAUGAGAUCGAGACAUCGACCCUCUUGUCUCAAUCAACCACGAUUGAUGAUCUCGAUACGGAGCUUGAGACAUCAACCAUUUCUUCUUCUCAAUCAAUUUCCCCGGAUGAUCUCGACGUUGAAUUCAUCAUGAGUCAAGAAAUAGGAAAUGAUGGGAAAACCUUUGAGAAGUCGUUUCAAGAUACAGUUAUUGAGAAACCACAGACUUCUACAGAAGUCAACAUGGAAAAGAUUGUGGUGCUGCCGACUGGAGACGAGGAAAUGGGAACAACGGAGGUGGAGAGAGAGCCAGCUGGCGAGAAAGAAACGACCACGAUUGAGGGAGAUAAGGAACUCGAGGACAUCUCCCGAGAGACUUCAACAGUUUAUAUCCCGGUUUCGGCCGAGACUCGAUCCCAAUACAACACGGAGACAUCGACCACAAAACAAGAAUUCACCAGCUCCGAGAAGGCGACUGAAGGCGUCACCGAGAAUCCGAUCGCGAAAACAACCCGCAAAAAGUUGUUCUCAUCAGACGAAGAUUUCGAGAUCACGCCGCCGAAUUUUCAUUAUUCAACGUAUCGAAUCGGAUUGAUUCCAAAGGAAUAUCAGUGGUGGUAUUAUUCAUCGAAUUUCACAAAUCCAUACAAAGAUGCUACUUCACCGAUGACCACCACACAAAGGUCACCGACUUUCCGACUCUACACGACUAUUGAAACAUUUUUGAAAGACGGUGUGACAACGAGGAGAAUAGUCGUCAAGAAAAAGUUCACGAAUGGACCAAAUGGACGGCAAACCUCGACGCAUCCCUUCGAUUCCACUGAAAUCUUCAUCCCUCCCAAUCACGAUGAUCGAUUUUUGGAGAAAGUGCCCACAACAACGAUUCGAUACAAAGCGAAGAAGAACAAGAAGAAAACCGAAUCUUCACCAACAGCAAACACUCCAUUAUUCCACAUGCAAAAAGUGUUCGUGAAGAAAAUCAGACCGAUGUUCGAGAGGAGUUCCGAGAAUCGAGCCGAAGAAGAAAGUCCCUCGUCUCCAAACUAUGUCGAUCUUCAGGAACAUAGCGCUGACCCGAUUCCCGAUUAUGAAUAUCUACCAGAAGAGAUUCAAUUGGAUGAGGAAGACGUGAAUUUGAACAAUAAAAGAACAACUCCGUCGACGAUGGGAACGAGUGCAGCUACAACAACAACAGCGACAAAAAUUGAGCACGAUUUUGAGAACUAUGACCAAAAAACCGUUGUUAUUGGAAAUGAUGAAGAAACAGCGACAAUAGAACACGAAAAAGCUCAAGAAAAAGCUGCGGUGCGAUUGGGUCCAAUGAUCGAUCCAAAUCGUUUCAAGUCCAGCUCCGACUCCUCGAACGAGCCUCCUUCAUCGGACUCACAAUCGAAACCAAUUGCGGCCAAAGUUUUUGUCAAUGAUCCAGGUGUCUCCUCGGUGAGCGUACCGAGUGGAUAUCAUAAACCGGGUCGGCAAAACAUGGACACUGGAAUCACGAUCGAGGAAAGAAUUUUCCACGAAAUAAAGAAUUAUACUCAAAACCGAUCCUCAUUGACCUGGCACGGGCUGCAGAUUCAAGACGAGAAUUUUGAAGCCACAACUGCAAUCGAAUGGGAAAUGCACAAAUUCGAUGGCUUAAUUCUGAUGAGCGCUUUGUCGACACUUUUCUUCAUCACUUUACUAUUCAUCUGCGUUUUCCUCUGUUAUCAAUAUUCGGAAAGCGAAGUCUCAAAGAAAGUGCAUGAUAUUGAAUUGAAU